AUGGCUCCAGCUAGAUUUUUCUCUUUGACACCAGGUGAUGCUGAGAUAGCCGGCGACGUGGUGACAAUAGAUGUAUAUAGCUUAAAGAAACUCAUGUGCUACACACUUGUAAUAGUAUAUUUCGUCUUACUGAGUUACGCCAAAGCCUCCAUUGUGGCUGAUACCAUUAAUGCAUCAGAGUCUCUGAGCGACGGCCAGACCUUGGUCUCCAAAGGGGGAAGUUUUGAACUGGGUUUCUUUAGUCCCGGAAGCUCAAGGAAACGCUACUUGGGCAUCUGGUACAAGAACAUCCCAGUCAGAACAGUUGUAUGGGUCGCAAACAGAGAUAACCCAAUUAAUGAUUUAUCCGGUGUUAAUGAUUUAUCCGGUGUGCUGAUGAUUAACAGCACAGCAGGCAGCCUAGUCCUCCUCACUCACACUAAUCAGACUGUCAUUUGGUCAUCAAGCUCGCCUAAAGGAGCUGAUAUUUAUCGUCAGAUUAAUCCAAUAGUAGCACAGCUCUUGGAUUCAGGAAAUCUUGUCCUAAGAGAUGAAAAAGACAGCGACCCAGAAAGUUACUUAUGGCAAAGCUUCGACUAUCCAACGGACACAUUGUUAGCCGGCAUGAAACUUGGAUGGGACUUGAGAAAUGGUCUCAACCGGCGGCUUAGGUCGUGGAAGAGCGCAGAUGAUCCGUCUCCCGGGGACCUCACCUAUGAUUUAGAACCUCAUAAUUUUCCGGAGCCCUCUCUGUGGAAGGGCCGCACCAAGAUCUACCGGUCCGGGCCGUGGAAUGGCGUCCACUACAGCGGCGCUCCUGAAUUGCGGCCCAACCCGGUGUAUCAGUUCGAGUUCAACUUCAGUCAGCAGGCGGCAUUCUUCACUUACCAGCUUAAAAAUAAAUCUGUAAUAUCGAGGGUGGUUUUGAACACAACCACCAAUUCAUGUGAUCGUAGCACGUGGGUUGAAGUAGAUCGCACUUGGGAGGUUUACGUGUCGGUGCCUAGAGACCACUGUGAUAACUAUGGGCUUUGCGGUGCCCAUGGUCUCUGUGUGCUCAGCGAGUCGCCAGUUUGCCAAUGUCUGAAAGAUUUCACCCCUAAGUCGCCGGAAAGGUGGAACUCAAUGGACUGGUCGAAGGGGUGCGUGCGAAAUAAGCCAUUGAGCUGUCUUGAAGAUGGGUUUGCCAAAUUUGAAGGGCUGAAAGUGCCGGACACUACAUAUACUUGGGUGAACACAAGUCUGAAUCUUAAGGAAUGCAGGGCCAAAUGCUUCGCCAACUGCUCUUGUAUGGCUUAUACAAACACGGACAUCAGAGGAGGCGGCAGUGGCUGUGUCAUGUGGUUCGGCGAUCUCAUUGACAUUCGACUGCUUCCCGCCAGUGGACAAGACCUCUACAUUCGAAUGCCGAGUCCAGAGCUAGGGGCGAGCAAAUGGUCUAAGAUAAAGAGUGCAGUGGUGACUGUGGCAGCCAUUGCCUCAGCUUCGGGGAUGUUUAUAAUCGGCUAUUACAUCCGCAAAAGCAGGAGAAGAUUGAUAGGUGUCCAGAGAAACAAAGAUCACACUUAUGAAGUACAAAAGAAAGAUCUAGAGCUACCAUUGUUCAACUUUGCUACAAUAACCAAUGCCACUGAAAAUUUUUCGUCCAACAAUAAGCUUGGAGAAGGUGGUUUUGGAGCAGUGUACAAGGGUACGCUAUUAGAUGGACAAGAAAUAGCUGUGAAAAGGCUUUCAAUGAACUCUGGGCAAGGAUUAAUUGAAUUCAAAAAUGAAGUAAUAUUGAUUGCAAAACUUCAACAUCGAAAUCUUGUAAGGCUUCUGGGGUGUUGCAUUCAAGAAGAGGAAAUGGUGUUGAUUUAUGAAUACAUGCCCAACAAGAGCUUGGACUACUUUAUUUUCAAUCAAACAAGAAGUAAGUUAUUAGAUUGGUCGAGGCGGUUCCACAUUAUUUGUGGAAUCGCUCGUGGACUUCUCUAUCUUCAUCAAGAUUCAAGAUUGAGGAUUAUCCACAGAGAUCUCAAGGCAAGUAAUGUGUUGCUUGAUGACAAGAUGAACCCAAAAAUUUCAGACUUUGGCUUGGCUAAAUUGUUCAAAAGUGAUCAAAAUGAAGCGAGGACAAGAAGAGUAGUUGGAACAUAUGGCUAUAUGGCUCCAGAAUAUGCUAUUGAUGGACUAUAUUCAAUAAAGUCUGAUGUGUUUAGUUUUGGUGUCCUACUAUUGGAGAUUGUAAGCGGGAAGAAAAAUAGAGGUUUUAAUCACCCAAGCCACAAUCUUAACCUAAUUGGACAUGCAUGGAAAUUAUGGGAUGAAGGCAAACCAGUUGAGUUAAUUGAUACAUUAUACAUGGGCUUAUCCUCUAUGUCUGAAGUAUUACGAUGGAUCCAUAUUGGUCUAUUAUGUGUCCAACAACGCCCUGAGGAUAGGCCAAACAUGUCAUACGUAGUUCUAGCGCUGGGAAAUGAGAGUCGAUUGCCACAACCGAAGCAGCCAGGUUUUUUCAUAGGUAGAAGUUCUCUUGAAGAGGCAAACACUACAAUGAGAAAACCAUGUUCAAACAAUGAAUUGACUAUUACAUCAUUGGAGGCACGAUAA